UUUGCCAAAAGAACAUGUUUGACGCGUUGUUGGUGUAUUUCCUCCUUUGUCCUGUGGGGGCGGGAGACGCGUUUACACUUCCGGAAUUGCACAACACGAAGAAGAAACCUACUGUUUUUGUUUUUAGAACUAAGUGGUCAUAAAUACAUCGAUUACACCGCCUGGGACAUUGAUCGUAUCCCAUGGUACUCCGCAGACAUGAUUUCGACGGACGCUCUUGAGCGGAAACGUUAACUUCAGCGUGAAGAGAGUUUUCUUGUUCAUUGAGCAUUAGCAGCUCAACUCUAUAAAAUCCUCAAAAUCCUCAGGGAUUAUCUAAUUUAACAAACAUAACGCUUUUCCUCAUGAGGUCUAGCUUGAAGUAAAAAACGUCAGGUUUAAUCUCCAGAAAUGGUACAGGGGGGCGUGCAGUCAAAUACUAUGUUACUUUCUGAUCAUUAAAGGGGUCAUAUUAAGUAUUUUAGCUUCUUUCCCUGACCGGGUGGGUGAUAUAGGGUUCCUAUCUAUGUAUAAAGUCCGCUAAGUUAAAGUGCGUAUUGGAAGUUAAUGUUUUUAAAAAUAUUUAUACAUAACAUUCUCUGAAAAUUGCCCUUUGAAAUUAAAAUGCAGGAUUUUAUCAGUUUAAAAACGUAUAUCGGCAAAAAUUCCAGUUUUAAAGUGACUAUUUUGAGCAAGGCUUCAAAAACCAUGUGACACGUCAAACGCGUCAUAUUACGUAGGAAUUGGUAGACGCGGUCGCUGUUGCUGCCUCAGCUCUAUGCGUAGUUGUGAGUAGUUACCGCGGUGAGCGGUCUUGUAUUUCCCCCCCCUUGUGGUUUUUGGGUUUUUCUAAUCGACGAGAUGAGGAUUUGUAUCUGUGGGGGUUGUUCCAACUCUAACCUCCUGUCCGACCAUCUCCGAUUUCACGGUUUCCCCGAUCGAAGAAAGAAUGGAGCAGGCUUUCGAGCCUGGGUGCAUUUUGUACAGGUGAAGAGAAAGGACUUUUUUUUCACCUCUGUCACUAAAUACACGUACAUUUGCGCGGCUCACUUUAGACCAGAGGACUAUGUUUCCGGGGACAUGAUGGAGUUCAAGAUGGGUUUUCGGAGCGAGAAACGAGUGAGGCUGAAAGCCGGUGUGGUUCCCUCAAUUCAUGCCGCUGCAGCCGCAGCUUCGGGCUCAGCCACCGGCGGCAGUGAAGAUCACGGACCGGUCAGAGAUUCAACGAUUCGGAAACGUAAACUGUGCACUUCACGACCGGACGCAGUUACCGGACACCACACCAUUCAAGCCCGUUUCCACGAUGCAGGAUGCCAAACUGACCCCCCACACACCGUCUCCGUGGGUACACAGACGUGGGUUUCUCCACACGGGGUCUCGGAUGGGACACAGCCUUACAGAGAGGCAACGGUGGCUUGUCCCAGAGUGGGCCCUGAAACCAUGUCCGGUUUCCGAGAUCUCCCACUGUCUCCCUCCCCUAUCGGAGCCCCAGUUUUCAGUCCGAGCAAUAGACUUUGUAUGGAGAUGGAAGUGGAAGUCCCUAUAACAGAGUUCAAAGUGGAGCCCCUUGACUCAUCAUCUAACCCCGGCAACUCUGUUGUGAAAGAGGAGCCAGACAGUUUGGCCACGCAUGACAAUGCAAAAUACAUAGUAUUCGAAGGCUGCCUCAGAGAGCUGUUCGACAGCUGCCCGGUGUGCAGGGGACAGUGUGAGGUCCAGCGGCGACGCCGUGGGACCUACGUGGCAUUCAGUCAGCAUUGCAGACACUGUCGUUACUCAAGAGGGUGGCAGAGCCAGCCCAUUGUUGGAAGCACCCCCCUCGGCAACCUUCAGCUUUCAGCUGCCACAUAUCUUACUGGUGCAUCCUUCUUCAAACUGGCCAGGAUCUUCAAGGCCAUGCAGCUUCAGACCUUCAACCAGGACACCUUCAGGAGGCACACUCAGUGUUUCCUGGAGCCGGCUGUUGUCCACAAAUGGAAAAAGGAACAGCAGAUUCUGUUUCAGAAGCUACACCAGCAGGGAAAGGUUACAGUCUGUGGAGGUAUGCGAGCAGACUCUCCAGGGCACAGUACAAAGAUCAGCACCUAUAGUCUUAUGCACAUGGAGAGCAACACCAUAAUAGACGUCCAGCUGGUCAAGAGCAAUGAAGUAGGCGGUAAUGACCACAUGGAGAUGGAGGGAAUGAAACAAAGCCUUGACCUUCUGGAGCAGAACGGUGUAGAGGUGGACUACAUGGUAACUGAGCGUCAGCCACAGAUUCUGAAUCAUCUGAUGGAACGCAAGAUCCCACAGUUACAUGACGUGUGGGUCUUGGAGAAAGAACACUUCCAGUAUCUCUUUUGUUUUGGUUCUGUGGUCAAAGUGGAUAAGAUACUCCACAACGAAGCGGUCUUCUGUGAUGUGGUGCAGAUGAGUCAGCACAACCAGACCUCCUUCCUGGAGGCCUUCCACAGCCUCAUCCAGAGUUUCGCACCCCAGAAGGUGGAUCUCCCUUUCAUGGGACUGUUGUGCAGGUUGUACUUGGCGAUCAUGCACUACAAUGAAAAUGCGGAACGCAAGCAAGCUGGAACACAUCCCGGGCCAGCUGUCCUCAAAACAGACCCCACUUACAACUAUGUGGAUGCACUGCUCAAGCUUGUCUUUGAGGAGGUGGUUGAGAAUCCAACACCAUUUGUUGACGAGUUGAAGUCCAUCCCCGUCCCUGACCACGCAUAGGCCCAGUACGCGGAGGACGACGUGGGACCAAUUUUGGUAAUACAAUGCUGUCGACCAAUUGGGGGCCGUGCAGCACCAGCUGACCUGCACUGCCAUGGUGAUGCCAACUCCAACGGGGCCUACAUGGCGAUAGGCCACUUGCAGUAUCUCCUAAAGAACAGUGUUUGACUGCUUUUAGACUUUACAGAUUUGUACUGGCCUUGUAUUGUUGUAUUGUCGAAUUUGUUUUCAGAUUGCAUACUACUACCAGUGAGCUCUGGAUCAUCCAGACACCUGCUAGAAACUGGUCUGAGUUUAUAUCAGUUUUCUUCAAAUAAAACAAAUUCUCAAAAAGCCAAAGCCUUAUAAACAUGAUUGUAUUUAGAAAUGUCAAACCGUACUGUCCGAUGUCAUCAUCCACGCCACCCACUGGGACUCCCUGAUUGGCAGACAGAAUUGUGUUCAGAGCCAAGACGCCAUCGUCAGGCUGGUGGCAGACUUAUAUCUGGAGGUAAAACUGGAGAUAAUACAAUAGGCUCCCAUGGUUAUUAUUGCCUUUGCUAGGACUUACAACACGGUUCUCCAGAACUGUCAACCAACAGCUGUCACUGCUGCUCCACCCAGACGCUGGUUGUUAUCAGGUCGGAGGCUUAGUUCGGAUCGCAACUCACGUGACAUUAAAUUGCAUAAAUACGAUGUUCUAUGCUGAUUGGUUGAUUAAGACUUGGUUGUGGAUCUCCAUGUGAGACUGGACGCCCUCCCGGAAUAUUGAAGCUGGCACGAGGUUGAUAGCACUGCAACAUAAACCUCCAGUAUGUACAGAUGACGGCACAACACCAUUUUAUUAAUGCAAGUUUUCAAUAGGAUCCAAAUGAUAUAUGCUUUAUUGGUCACACAAAAUAUAACGGGACGCACUUUUUUUCGCACAGAGCCCCUGUUGGGUGCGGUGUGUAUUUUUUUGAAUUAUUAUUUAUUGUUUGAACUGCACAGUAUGCCAUAUGUUCACGUUUUUAACAAGAAACAAAUACAAAUACUCACACUAAGAACCAAACACUCUGCUAGCAGUCUUUGUCUUGCUAACAUCAACGGGUGUAAAGGGAUGAAAGGUUGAGCGCCUCGCCGUGGGCCCAUGCGGCCUGUUGGAUUGAUUUAGCCCAGAAAGUAUAACAGAAACUAUAAGGGAGAGGGGUACACGUAAGACAAUGGUUACAAUAACAUUCAACAAGGCAAUACAAAUCUAAACAGGACCGCAAAAAACCUUCAACACCAAAAACAUACGUUUGAUAUAUAAAAAAAUACCACGAUGAAAGAAAAACAAGAACAUGGAGGGAUGCAAAAGCAAUUGUCUUGAUUUAAAAUUGAUUAUUUUUUUCUUCUUCUACUUUUCAAUCUUUCUGAUUAAGACAGAUUUGUCCUUUUCCUGAGUCAGUAAGAGAUCAUGUUCUCAUGUUUUUUGUUUUUUUCGUCUCCGAAACCUUUCGAGCCUGAUUGCCUGGCUAGCUGACGCUGCAAAGAAUUGGGAAUUUACAAACCUUUAGGUAGGAGAUGCUAACUAAACGCUCAAUGUACUGAAGUUCAAUUCAAACGAGCCCGAUAAAUCACAACAGCAAUUGUUACU